AUGCUGCCUCGAGGGCGCCCCCGGGCGCUGGGGGCUGCCGCGCUGCUGCUGCUGCUGCUGGUGAUCGUAUUCUACCUGUUCGACGGGCGGCUGCGGGGGGCUGCUGCACUAGAUGAAGACCUGCCGUGGGACCACAACCGAUCGGCCUGCUUCCCGCUGCGGUCGCUGUUACCCAAGUGCGAGCUCUUGCAUGUGGCCAUCGUGUGUGCAGGCUAUAACUCCAGCCGAGAUGUCGUCACCUUGGUGAAGUCCCUGCUCUUCUACAGGAAAAAUCCAUUGCACCUGCACUUGGUGACUGAUGCCAUCGCCAGGAACAUCCUGGACACGCUCUUCCAUACGUGGAUGGUGCCUGCUGUCGCGGUCAGCUUCUAUGACGCUGAUGAGUUUCAGGCAGGAGUCUUGAUCCUUCAUCUCCCCUCCCCCAAACCUCAGGCAGCUUCCUCAUGCCCUCCCCUCCCAGACAAGCAGGUCAUUGGUCUCGUGGAGAACCAGAGUGAUUGGUACCUGGGAAACCUCUGGAAGAACCACAGGCCCUGGCCUGCCUUGGGCCGGGGAUUUAACACAGGUGUCAUCCUCCUGCGGCUGGACCGGCUUCGGCAGGCUGGCUGGGAGCAUGUCUGGAUGGUGACGGCUAGGCGGCUGCUCCUGACCCUGUCCGCCACCUCUCUGGCCGACCAGGAUAUCUUCAAUGCUGUAAUAAAGGAGCAGCCAGAGCUGGUUCUGCUCUUGCCUUGCGUCUGGAACCUGCAGCUGUCAGACCACACGCGGGCUGAGCAUUGCUACUCCGAGGCGUCUGACCUCAAGGUGAUCCACUGGAACUCACCAAAGAAGCUACGGGUGAAGAACAAGCACGUGGAAUUCUUCCGCAACCUCUAUCUGACCUUCCUGGAGUACGACGGGAACCUGCUGCGGAGAGAACUCUUUGGGUGCCCCAGCCAGCCCCCACCUCAGGCUGAGGAGUUGCAGCGUGCCCGGGCACACCUGGACGAGGAAGAUGCCUGCUUUGAGUUUCAGCACCAGCGACUCACUAUGCCCCGUGUACACCUCACCUUCCUGCCGGUCGAGCUGCAACUGCCCCGGCUCUACGAUGUCACCCUGGUGGCUCAACUGUCCAUGGACCGGCUGCAGAUGCUGGAAGCCCUGUGUGGCCACUGGCCGGGCCCCAUGAGCCUGGCCUUGUACCUGACAGACGCAGAGGCCCAGCAGUUCCUGCGCUUCGUUGAGGCCUCGCCAGUGCUCUCUGCCCGGCACAAUGUGGCCUACCAUGUGGUGUACCGCGAGGGUCCCCUCUACCCUGUCAACCAUCUUCGCAACGUGGCCUUGGCCCAGGCCCUCACAUCCUACGUCUUCCUCAGCGACAUCGAUUUCCUGCCCGUCCACUCCCUCUACGACUACCUCAGGGCCUCCAUGGAACAGCUGGAGCUGAGCAGCCGGCCGAAGGUGGCUCUGGUGGUGCCGGCAUUUGAGAGCCUGCACUACCGCCUCAGCUUCCCUGCUUCCAAGGCCGAGCUGCUGGCCUUGCUGGACGCCGGCUCUCUCUACACCUUCAGGUACCAUGUGUGGCCCCGGGGCCAUGCACCCACAGACUAUGCCCGCUGGCGGGAGGCUCAGGCCCCAUACCGAGUGCAGUGGGCAGCUGACUACGAGCCGUACGUGGUGGUGCCACGUGACUGUCCGCACUAUGACUCCCGCUUUGUGGGCUUUGGCUGGAACAAGGUGGCUCACAUUGUGGAGCUGGAUGCACAGGAAUACGAGUUCCUGGUGCUGCCUGAGGCCUUCGCCAUCCACAUGCCCCAUGCACCAAGCCUCGACAUCUCCCGCUUCCGCUCCAACCCUGCCUAUCGAGACUGCCUGCAGGCCCUUAAGGAUGAGUUCCACCAAGACUUGUCCCGCCGCUAUGGGGCUGCCGCCCUCAAAUACCUCCCUGCCCUGCAGCAGUCCUGA